CCCACAAAAAAAAAAAAUGGUUUCUCCGGCCACCCUCCAGAGAUCCCCAACCACCGCCGCCGCCGUCGCUUCCUCCCCUCUCCACCGUCUCUCCACUUUCAAAAACCCUCCCGCUUCUACUCAUGCUCCCCGUCCUCCGCCUUCCUCCAUUAUCGACUCUUUUGCCAAAGACCCAAUCCUCUCUCCUUUCCUCUCCCCUUCUUUUUCCUCCACCUCCUUCUCGUCCGCCGCUCUUUCCUCCGGAUCCCCCGCUUCAACCGCCGAACAUCUCCUCCAAGCCAUCCGCCAACUCGACUCCCAAAUCCGUUCGCACGUCCUCUCCAACCACCCCCUCCUCCUCACUCAGUUAUCUUCUCUUAACAACACUGAGGUCUCCCUCUCCACUCUUAGAUCUUCCGUCUCUUCGCUUCAAUCUUCGGUUCGUCGUGUCCGAUCCGAGCUCUCCGAACCCCAUAAUGCAAUCCUCUCCAAAACGGUCCAGCUCUCGAAUUUACAUAAAACUUCCGAGCUUCUCUCCCACUCCAUUCGCGCUAUUCGUCUUUCCAAAAAGCUACGAGACCUUAUGGCUUCAGCUGAAGUAGAGCCUGAUAAGUUGGAUCUCGCCAAGGCUGCUCAGCUGCAUAAUGAUAUCUUGACCUUGUCCGAGGAAUAUGAUCUCGGCGGCAUCGAUACGGUCGACGAGGAAAUCAAUGCGGUCAAAGAGAUAGGGAGCAAGUUAAGAAGUGAAGCAAUGAAAGUUUUGGAGAAGGGAAUGGAAGGGUUGAAUCAGGCUGAAGUGGGGACUGGGUUGCAGGUGUUUUACAAUCUUGGGGAGUUGAGAGGGACGGUGGAGCAGUUGGUGAAUAAAUACAAGGGGAUGGGUGUGAAGAGUGUGAGCGUGGCGUUGGAUAUGAAGGCUAUUUCAGCUGGUGGCGGCGGCGGAUUUGGUCCUGGAGGUAUUAGGGGGAGCGGAACGCCGCAGAUUGGAGGCAGUGGGAAGGCAAGAGAGGCGUUGUGGCAGCGGAUGGGGAGUUGUAUGGAUCAGUUGCAUUCUAUAAUGGUUGCAAUUUGGCAUUUGCAGAGGGUUUUGUCGAAGAAGAGAGACCCUUUUUCGCAUGUCUUACUGAUUGAUGAAGUAAUUAAGGAGAGUGAUCCCAUGCUAACAGAUAGAGUGUGGGAAGCUCUGGUUAAGGCUUUUGCUACCCAAAUGAAGUCUGCUUUUACUGCAUCAAGUUUUGUGAAAGAGGUAUUCACAAAUGGGUAUCCGAAGCUCUUCUCUGUGAUGGAAAACCUUCUUGAAGGAAUUUCACGUGACACUGAUGUCAAGGGGGUGUUACCAGCAAUAUCUUUGGAGGGAAAAGGUCAAAUGGUUGCAGCUAUUGAAACUUUCCAGAUGGGUUUCUUGGCUGGCUGCCUAAGCCGUCUGUCCGAUAUUGUUAAUUCUGUUUUUCCAGUCUCCAGCCGUGGUAGUGUUCCUUCCAAAGAACAGAUCUCUAGAAUUCUUUCUCGCAUUCAGGAAGAAAUUGAAGCUGUUCAAUUGGAUGCUCGAUUGACUCUUCUUGUGCUGCAUGAAAUUAGUAAAGUCUUGCUGCUGAUCGCAGAACGAGCCGAAUAUCUGAUAUCAACUGGUCCUGAAGCCCGCCAAGUAUCUGGUCCUGCUACUGCAUCUCAGCUCAAGAACUUUGCAUUAUGUCAGCAUCUACAAGAAAUUCAUACACAAGUAACUUCUAUGAUCAUGGGGCUUCCAACUAUUGCUGCAGAUGUAUUGUCACCUUCACUUGGUGCAAUAUAUGGAGUUGCAUGCGACUCAAUAGCAUCCUUGUUCCAGGCAAUGAUUGAUCGUCUUGAAUCUUGCAUCUUGCAAAUCCAUGACCAGAACUUUUCCGCACUUGACAUGGAUGCUGCUAUGGAUAACAAUGCUUCACCUUACAUGGAGGAGUUACAAAAGUGCAUCCUUCACUUUCGUUGUGAGUUCCUAUCUAGGUUGUUGCCAUCUUCAGCCAAUGCUAUAACUGCAGGAACAGAAACCAUAUGCACGAGGCUUGUGAGGAGCAUGGCUUCAAGGGUUUUGAUUCUCUUUAUCAGGCAUGCUUCUCUUGUCAGACCCCUUUCAGAAUCAGGGAAGCUGAGAAUGGCGAGGGACAUGGCUGAGUUGGAAUUAGCUGUGGGCCAAAAUUUAUUCCCAGUUGAACAACUAGGUGCACCAUACCGAGCUCUUCGAGCAUUCCGUCCGUUAAUCUUCUUGGAAACUUCUCAGCUAGGAGCAUCUCCUCUUCUUCAAGAUUUACCCCCAAGUGUCAUACUGCAUCAUCUCUAUUCCCGAGGACCUGAGGACUUGCAAUCACCACUCCAGAAGAACAAGCUUACACAUUUGCAAUAUUCGUUGUGGCUGGAUUCUCAAGGGGAAGAUCAGAUCUGGAAAGGAAUCAAGGCAACUCUAGAUGAUUAUGCUGCAAAGGUUAGGGCUAGAGGAGACAAGGAGUUCAGUCCUGUAUAUCCUCUUAUGCUUCGAUUAGGUUCAUCAUUGGGUGAGAGUGCAUCUGCAUCUCAAAAAUGACCAAUCAUCCACAAUUUACACGUAUAAAUUAGAAUAAACAAAUUGAAACGGCACUUGUCAUGUUUUUGCAAUGAACAUCUCUGGGGAAAAGCUUCAAAAGUGUUGCUAGACCUACUUCAAACCUUUGGGGUCUUAUCGCCUUGAAAAAAGGGGUCCAACAGUUACAUAGCACUUUUGGCAGAUUUCACAGCUGGUUGUAGUUGAAUGCCCUCAACUUGACCUUUGAAGUUGUUUGAAUUUGUUGUCACUGGUUCUUUUUAUGGUUUUCAUCAGUUGUUUCGAUUUAUACAUCAUUUUGUCAUAUAGUACAGUUCCCAGUCCCAGAUUUGUCAUUACAUUUUGACAAACUUAUUAUAUGAAUAAU